CUGCAUUGACUGAUUUCUACAUUGUAAGCUUUCUCCGGAUUACUCACUUUCCCCCUCUGACUCUUUGCGGUUGCCUACCCCGCCACAUAAUAAACACCACCUACUUUCCCCCCUCGGGUCUGUUGUCUUGUCAUUCCCCUUUGUCGCGCCACAAUCUACUGCUAAUUGCGACCGAGAACUCACAAUUGACAAUUUCUCUGCUAUACAGACGAUUCAACAUUUCUUACUUCACACCCCGACUCACCCUACGAUGAGCGCCGCCGAGGAGACCAAGCCCGUCGAGGCUGUUGCCGCCGAGGCGCCCGUCCAGGUCGAGGAGCCUGCAAAGGUUGAGGAGACUGCCAAAGUCGAGGAGGCUACCAAGGAAGGGGUCGAGGCUGAGGCCAAGCCUGUCGAGUCCGAGACUAAGGAAGCCGACAUCAUCAAGACGACCGCCCAGAUCGACCAGAAGACCCACGCCAACAAUGUCAAGUUUGACCCUUCUCUCCUCAAGGAGACAGACGAUCCCGUUGAGAUUCGCAAGCAGGUCGAGUUCUACCUGUCGGACAGCAACCUUCCCCACGACAAGUUCCUGUGGGAGCUUGUUGGAGGGUUCGAAAACAAGCCCAUCCCCCUGAAGACCAUCACCAACUUCAAGCGCAUGCGUCGCUUCCAGCCCUACUCCUCCGUCGUCGCUGCGUUGAAGGAGAGCACGCAGGUUAACAUCGCCGGCGAGGAGGGUGAGGAGACUAUCCAGCGCAAGCAGGCUUACACCUCUGGUAACGACAAGUUCAACGCCCGCUGCGUCUACGUCAAGGGAUUCGGAGAUGAGGAGCCCACUACCCAGUUCGACCUCGAGUCCUUCUUCAGCCAGUACGGAACCAUCAACUCCGUUCGUCUUCGUCGCACCAAUGAGAAGCUCUUCAAGGGCUCCGUCUUUGUCGAGUUCCCCGAUGAGGAGGCGGCUCAGAAGUUCCUUGCCCUGGACCCCAAGCCCAAGUGGAAGGAACACGAUCUGAAGAUGAUGCCCAAGAUCGACUACGUCAAAGAGAAGUCCGCUCUGAUCCUCGCUGGCAAGCUCGAGCCCAACACCUCCCGCCGAUUCUUCGAGGGCAAGGAGGGUGAUAGCCGCGGCGGCCGCGGCGGUCGCGGCAGAGGUGGCCGUGGUGGCAACUUUGGAAACGACGACUGGAAGCAGCGCCGCGACCAUGACCAGAAGAACGGCUUCAGGGGUGGCCGGGGCGGACGCGGUGGACGCGGCCGUGGCCGUGGUGGUGACCGCCGUGGCGGCCGUGGUGGACGCGACAACCGCGACAACCGCGAGAACCGCAGGGAUCCCAACGAGGUCACCAACGACCGCAACGCUGGCAAGCCUACCAUCCAGGCCACCAACGGCAACGGCGAGGCCGUCGCGGAAGACAAGAACAACAACGGCAAGCGCGGACGCGAGGAGGACGGCGCCGCCCAGCCUGAGGCGAAGAAGGUCGACACCAAGACCGACGUCGCCGCAUAGGGUAAUGAGACGGAAACCCCCUCAUUACGUCUCGGAUUCCUCUGACACAAGAUACCACUUACAAAAGCAACUUUUAUCGGACUCGAUUUUUUGGCUCUCCUGCCUGUUGAUAAACGAGGCACACGGUCUAUGGCGUUCAUGGGACUUGACUUUAGGUAUUACUGGUUUAGAGGUCUGGUUGUUACGAAUAGCAUGAGCAUGCGACCUUACUCAGUAGUGCCUCUGUCUGCAACAUUGCGACUGCGAGAAUGGACCUACUCACCAGCAGUUGUGCAGUUCUCUGUUGGGACACAAUCUAGUUCAAUCAAAAUAUUUCUGACCACUUUUGAACAACUGU